CACAUCCUUCCGCUCCGACGACCGGCUUGUGUGGACAAUUAUUCAACUAGGGAGGGCAUCAUCGAUCCCUCUCCACCAUCACCUUCCUUCCAUACUCAACACCAGACACACCAUGCUCGCCCUUCGCUCUCUUCGCGCUCCCUUGGCCCGUGCCUCCAUCCGCACCGCUCCCGUCGCCCGCUUCUCUGCUCUGUCUGUCCGCCUCGGCGGUCACCAUGAGGUCAAGGUGAACCAGGGCCCUGGAGCUGCCCCCGGAGCCGUCCCCACUGAUUUGGAUCAGUCGACUGGUCUGGAACGUGCUGAGCUUUUGGGAAAGAUGCAGGGCAAGGACAUUUUCGAUCUCGCUCCCCUUGAGGUCACUGUCCGUGGCACCAAGACUAACCCCACCAUCAUUCGCUCUCGCGACCCUGUUCGUUACGUUGGAUGCGCCGGUGUUCCCGGUGAGACCCACGAGGUUAACUGGCUCGUUAUUGACCAGACACACGAGUUCGACCGUUGCGACCAGUGCGGCAACGUCUACAAGUGGUCUGCCUAUGAGCCCGAUGAGAACUUCCCCGCCGAGAAAGGCCACCACCAUUAAACGGAAGAGCAGGCUGUUGAACAACUAUGGCGCAUCGUAGAAAGAAAAAAAGAAACGUAGGACAUGUUUUUUUGUUCCCAAAUAUCAUUUAUUUUAUCAGUUGC